UCACACACACACGAAAUUGCGUUGCUUUAUUUUACGUUUGUUUGAUAAUCUGAUUACAGUCCAAAACGAACCUAUUUAUUACAUUUCCUGAUCUACAUUAUGGGACAAAUUAUACUAAACUAUAGAACUGCGGCACUCUCACAUUUUCAUUAGCCGCCCAUUCUACAACCACAAAACUUGUCUGGAAGCCGCGUGGCAUUGUGGGAGAGGAAGCGCUAAGCACGUGGGUAGGAAAGCGCAGCAUGGCGGCCCCUGGCAAGAGGAAAUUAGCUGACCUCAAUGUAGAAGAAUUUCUAACUUCAGCUUUUGACUCAGAGGGAGAUGGGGACUCUGCCGAGGAAAUCGGUGAGGGAUAUCUGGAUAAAGAGGAAACAGCAAAACAAGUGAAACAGAAGAAACCUCUGAAGAGUAAAAAUGAGGAAAAGAAAGGAAAAAAUAAAAAAGGUAAAGCUUCUGAACACAAGGACCAGCUGUCCCGCCUUAAGGACAAAGAUCCUGAGUUCUAUAGAUUUCUGGAGGACAAUGACCGAAAAUUGCUCAAUUUUGACGACUCUGACAGCUCAGAUGAAGAGAGUGGUGCUCAUCAGCUGCCUGACCACCUGGAGGAAAUGAAUGGGGAUGAGGAUCAUGUUGACGAAGAUGAAAAUAAAGAGGGGGCUCAAAAGCAGAAGAGGAAAAAACUUGAGCAGAUCAUUGUGACCAUGAAGAUGGUGGAUAAGUGGAAAUCAGAAGCCAGGACUGAUCUAAGGCCCAGACUAUUCCAUGAGAUUGCCCAAGCCUUUAAAGCAGCUGUAGCAACCACAAGGGGUGAGGAAGGUGACGAUCCCAGCAAGUUCAAGGUAGUUGACAGUGCAGUGUUCAACGCCUUGGUGUCCUUUUGUAUCCGUGACCUGUUUGUGCAAUUAGAGAAGAAGCUUCAGCUGAAGCCUGCAAAGGGCACUAAAUUGGUAAAUCCCUCUAGCAGUUUGCUUUGGAAGAAGCUUCGCUUGAACAUUAAAAUGUACCUGAACUCUGUCAUCCAGCUGCUGACUUGUCUGACAGAGGCUACUGUGGGAGCAGCGGUUCUGCAACAUGUGAAUAAUAUUGUACAUUAUUACCUGUGUUUUCCAAAGCAUACUCGACUUCUUCUAAAGCAAUGUAUUGUUUUGUGGAGCAGUGGUGAGGAAACUGUGAGAGUUGUGGCGUUCUUAGUACUAAACAAGAUCUGCAGACACAGAAAAGAUACAUAUCUUGACCCAGUGUUAAAGAAGAUGUAUAUUUCAUAUGUGAAGAACUCCAAAUUCACAUCACCCAAUGUUCUGCCAAUGAUCAACUUCAUGCAGCGAACUUUGACUGAGAUGUACUCCCUAGAUGUGCAGGCCUCAUAUCAACACAUUUUCAUGUACAUCCGGCAGCUAGCUAUUCACCUGCGUAGUGCUAUGACCCUCAAAAAGAAGAUGGCUUACCAGUCUGUGUAUAACUGGCAGUACAUUCACUGUUUGUACCUCUGGUGUCGGGUGCUUAGUACUAUCCAUCCCAGCGAAAUAUUGGAGCCUCUGAUCUAUCCUCUUGUGCAGGUCAUAACUGGCUGCAUCAGGCUUGUUCCGACUAUGCGCUAUUUGCCACUCCGUUUUCACUGCAUACGUGCAUUAGAACUGCUGUCAGAGAGUACCGGAGUCUUCAUUCCACUGUUGCCCUUCAUCCUGGAGAUUUUCCAGAUGGUAAAUUUUAACAAGAGGCCUGGUCGGAUCAGUGUGAAACCCAUUAACUUUGCUGUGAUCCUAAAACUGUCCAACACCAAUUUGCAAGAGAAAGUCUUCAGGGAUGGGAUUAUUGAUCAAAUCUAUGACCAGAUACUGGAAUAUCUGCAUAGCCAAGCUCACUUCAUUGGAUUUCCUGAACUGGCCCUGCCCUGUAUUCUACAGCUGAAAUCUUUCCUAAAGGAAUGUAAAGUUUCCAAUUACUGCAAGCCGAUGCGCCAACUGCUGGAGAAGAUCCAAGAGAACUCUGCCUACGUAACCAGCAAGAGACAGAAGUGCACCUUUGGCGUGACUGACAAAGAUUCUGUGGAUAAGUGGGAAAAACAGAUGAAGGAUGAGGGGACUCCCCUGACUAAAUAUUACAGCCACUGGAAGAAGCUGCGUGAGAAGGAGAUACAGCUGGAGAUCAGUGGCAAGGAGCGGAUGGAAGAUUUGAACUUCCCAGAGAUAAAGCGGAGAAAGUUAGAGAAAAAGGAAGAAGAUAAAAAAGAAUUCAAAGAUCUUUUCGACUCGGAUAGUGAAUCUGAGGAUGGCAGCGGAGGAUUAUCACUGAAAGGGAAAUCCAAAGCCAAGAGUAAGGAAGAGUCCUCAGAUGAAAACUCUGAACUAAGCAGUGAAGGAGAAGAAGGCGAAUAUGAGCUGGAAGAUGACGAGAGCAGUGGCCUGGAGGGGGAAUCGCAGGAUGAAGACGAGGAGGAGGAAGAGAAAGGGGGUAAAAUAACAGUCCAGAAGAAGCAAAAGAAGGGGGUGCAGCACCUCUCGCAGACUGACCUGAAGGAACUGGCACAGGGGGAUGAAGAUAUUGUCCAGGAUCUUGAAUUCUCAGACGAUGAGUAAACAUGUAGAGACUGCACCAAUAACCCUUUGUCAGCUGGAUACAAUCUUCCACGUCUUCUCCAAUCUUCACUUAUUGCUCUGUAGUCCUUUGAAGGGAAAUGAAAUGAGUCUUUUCGUUUUGUGCCCAUUGCUGUCAUUGGCUACGAGCUUCUUUAUUAACCGUGCCAGAACCAAAUACUGGCUAUUAUAGCAGGCAAAGGACAACACACAUAUAUAUUUACAUGUACAUAAUUACAUGUAUUCUAUUUUUAAAUAAAUGAUUGAACUUCCUUCCUGCUAUCAAGGACUCGUGGAAUCUGCAGCACCUUCUGAUGGACUUAUGAUUCCAAGUGCAAAUCAGACUGUGCCUGUGUCUCCUCUUUCUCUGUAUUGUAACUGAGCUGCAACAACCCUCUGUAAGAAUAGAUGCCAAACAUAUACAUUUCUCUUUUGUUUUAACAAAAAAAAAAAAAUAACAGACUGAUUUCCACUCAAUGGUGUGCUGACUGUUCCUUAAAGGGGAUGCAAACUCCGAAAUAAAAAUGUAAUUAUAGUUAGGGUUGCCACCCGGCCGGUAUAGUCACCAUAGUUAUGUCACUCAUUAAACUGAUCAGAGCUACUUGGCCAUACACAUGUAUCACUGGUUGCACUGACCUCCAACCAUACUAGACUGGACAUAGACAAUAAUCCAGUAUCUGUCCAAGCGCUGGUGAGUCUGUACUGUAUAUCUGGGCUGGAUUCUAGGUUCUGCCCAAAUGCAAUUCUCUGUUUUUAUAACAUUUAUUUCAUGGCUAGCAGAAGAAUGACUUAGUGAUAGGUAAAGCUUGCAAACCUAUUGGUGAUGGCUAGUGAUGGGCGAAUAAAUUCGGCUGUCACAAAUUCGCUGUGAAUUUCUGCAUUACGCCACUGUCAAUUAAAUGUGCGAAUCCCCCCCAAAAAUUUGCCUGCGUCAAAAAAUUUUGGACGCACGUCCGAACAGUCGCUCACGCCAAAAUCGACGCGCGUCAUCACUAUUCGGCCCCCCUUGACUGUAACGCCAGAGUCAAAAUUGAUGUGAGCGACUUUUCGGACGCACGUCCAAAAAUGGACGCGGGCAUCUAUUUUGAUUAAAUCUAUUCGUGAAUUUUGCGGGAGAAAUUUGCCCAUCACUGGUUACCGCAUGUCAUGCAUUAUGGAUUAUUAUAUAUUAUUGUUUUAUUAAAAAUCCAACCUAUCACUUUAAAAGACUCUUUAUACACCAUCCCAUAUAGCUUUACUCCAUUGCUAGUAUUUUGGCUUUGCUUGUGUGUUUUCUCUUUUUAUUAAAUAACAAUACACAAUAAACCAGAAUAGUAAUCAUUGAAGAUAAAAGGUGUUGGGGGGGGGGGGGGGGGGGAAAAAAAACCAACUAAUUAGCAGGGAUAACAUAUGUCUGUAUAAUAAGGAAGAAAACAGGUCAAUGUGUAGUUACAUAACAUAUAAGAAGUACAAUAUAGGGAGAGUGAAUAUCAAUGCUAUAAAUAAAAGUUAGGAGUCCAAGUAA